AUGGCAGCAUCAAUGCCGGCGAUCGCCACCAGGGCCCCCAUCGCCUCGAAAGGCUCCGCGGCAGCAUUCCAGCGCACAGCGCACACCGCGUGGCACCGCGCCGCCCGGCCCGGACUGGCCGGGCGGAUGCCCGCGGCCGGCGCGGAGGUGGAGGGCGUGGCAGGCGUGGUGUUCCAGCCCUUCGACGAGGCGGCCGUGCAACUGGCGACGAUCGACAAGACGGACAGCGCGGCUGAGUCGUUCGCGCGCUGCGACUUCCACCCUGAGUGCGAGGCGGCGAUCAACGAGCAGAUCAACGUGGAGUAUAACAUCUCGUACGUCUACCACGCCAUGUUCGCGUUCUUCGACCGGGACAACGUGGGCCUGCCGGGGCUGGCGGAGUUUUUCAAGAACGCCAGCGAGGACGAGCGCGGGCACGCGCAGAAGCUGAUGGAGUACCAGAACGUGAGGGGCGGCAGGGUCAAGCUGGGGCCGCUGGUGGUGCCCGAGACCGAGUACAACCACGCCGAGAAGGGGGAGGCGCUGUACGCCAUGGAGCUGGCCCUGUCACUGGAGAAGCUCAAUUUCCAGAAGCUGAGGCACCUGCACGACGUGGCGGACAAGCACAACGACGCGCAGAUGUGCGACUUCGUGGAGGGCCAGCUGCUGGCGGAGCAGGUGGAGGACAUCAAAGAGGUGUCCGUUAACGUGAGCCAGCUGCGCCGUGUGGGCAAGGGCCACGGUGUCUACCACUUCGACCAGGAGAUCGGCGAGGAUGGGGCCUAG